UCUAACAAAAUCCAUUCAACCCGUGUUUAUUCUAACAAAAGCCAUUCUAACGGAAAAGUAUAACACGGAGCGAUCGGUGAUGGAACCCUUAACCCCUAAGAGUUCCCAUUCCAAUUCACGCGUCUACGCUUUCAUUUUAAUUCUCACCUACUCUCCUUCUUAAACACACACAGCAGGAGCGCACUUGGUAAGAAAGAAUCUUUGCAGGCUAAGAAAUUGAAUAUCCUUUUGAAACUACUGUUUGCUUCGGAUAUCUGCAUUUGAAUCCUCGUUGAAUUCUUGCCUAGAUUUUGUGAGUAGAUUGGUCACUGGAACACGAAUCAUGGCCAUGGAGCUAAAACAAUCGGUUCAGAACUUUUUCAAUAAAAGUGAAGAAGCUGCUGUUGAUGAUUCAGAAGCUGCAGAUAUUUUGAAGGAGUACUACAUUCCUGAUUACAUACUUCUACCUGAGUCAGAAAUUAGAGCCGGAUACCAUGUUCCUGCAUGUCCAGUGAUUGUAUUUGUCAAUUCCAAAAGUGGUGGGCAGCUGGGUGGUGAACUUCUAAUAACGUAUCGUACACUUCUUAACAAAAAUCAGGUGUUUAAUUUGGCAGAACACAUGCCCGACAAGGUGCUACACCGAGUGUAUUUAAAUUUGGAGAAGCACAAACAAAACAGAGAUGAGUUAUCUGCUGAAAUUAUGAGGAAAUUGAGAAUCAUUGUUGCUGGUGGGGAUGGAACAGCUGGUUGGCUCCUCGGAGUGGUUUCUGAUCUUAAAUUGUCCCAGCCACCACCAAUUGCAACAAUGCCACUGGGAACUGGAAACAAUCUCCCGUUUGCAUUUGGUUGGGGGAAGAAAAAUCCUGGUAUAGAUUACCAAUCUGUAAAGGCAUUCUUGGACCAAGUAAAGAAUGCAAAAGAGAUGAAAGUGGACAGUUGGCAUAUUCUUAUGCGGAUGAGGGCUCCCAAAGAAGGUUCUUGUGAUCCUAUUGCACCUCUUGAGCUACCUCACUCACUGCAUGUAUUUCAGCGCGUCUCCCAGACAGAUUCACUGAAUGAGGAAGGUUGCCACACAUUUCGUGGGGGAUUUUGGAACUACUUCAGUAUAGGGAUGGAUGCUCAAGUUUCCUAUGCGUUUCAUGCAGAGAGAAAGCAACAUCCUGAGAAAUUCAAAAAUCAACUAGUUAAUCAGAGUACCUAUGCAAAGUUGAGUUGUUCACAAGGAUGGUUUUGUCCUUCUCUCAUGCGUCCAUCCUCGAGAGACAUUUCUCAGCUGGCAAAGGUAAAAAUCAUGAAAAAGCCAGGUCAAUGGAUAGACCUUCAUGUACCUCAUAACAUCAGGUCCAUUGUCUGCCUAAACUUGCCUAGUUUUUCUGGGGGUCUUAAUCCUUGGGGAAUACCUAACAGGAAGAAACUUCACUCGAGGGACUUCAAUCCUCAGUAUGUCGAUGAUGGUUUUCUUGAGGUUGUUGGUUUCCGUGAUGCAUGGCAUGGGCUUAUCUUAUUUGCUCCAAAUGGGCAUGGAACUCGCCUCGCUCAGGUAAAUACAAUUCGUUUCGAGUUUCACAAGGGUGCUGCUGACCAUACAUUCAUGAGGAUUGAUGGUGAACCAUGGAAACAACCUCUCCCGUUGGAUGAUGAAACUGUUGCAGUCGAAAUUUCCCACUUCGGCCAAGUGAGCGUGCUUGCAACCCCGCAUUGCCAAUCCAGAAGUAUCAAUUCACCAGACACACAUGAAGAUUCACAAUACGACAGUAAUGAUGAAGAAUUUGAAGAGAAUUCAGAAGAGCGGAAGAAGUUAGGUGCAGCCUCUACUUUCCGAAUACCGGAUGAAAUUGAUAUUGCACAUCUUAGUUGAGAGGUCAAUAUACGGUCGUGAGGCUUACGGUUCGACGGCCUAAAAGAGUUUUGCUCUUCUCUCAACUUCGCGGCUACCAGCAGCCUCUCAUUUUCCUUUCUUUUCUCUCUAUAUAUUCUUUUAUUGUUAAGGCACAUAUUUUCUGCAAAUUGGAAUUACUGCAUUGACUGGUGCUACUUGCAAGUUUGUCUUCUGUAGCACCUAUCAUCUAUUUUACUCUUUUGUUUUCAUAUUCUGUUCAAGAUAAUUUUCAAUAUAAUAUGUACAAGUGGUAUAUAAAUACAAAAGUGAGUUUGGACAUA